GAUUCAAGGGCAAAAUAUGCAUGUCGAUUCAGCUUUAAAUAUCCGCGACCCCUCCCCCGCCUCCCACUUUGGCGGGGUGACGAAGGGGUGUCAUCUAGGGCAAGGUCUACAUCUACCCGUCUCAUGACCGUGAGACCGACAUCAAGUUCAACGACAAUGGCGACCAGUAUGACAUGGCCGACUACCACGUCUUCAGCACCUCCUCCCUAGACCCCGCAGAGACCCCGACCGACCACGGCGUCGUCCUCAAGACCGAGGACGUCCCCUGGGUCUCCAAGCAGCUCUGGGCCCCCGACGCCGCCUUCAAGGACGGCAAGUACUACCUGUUCUUCCCCGCCCGCGACAAGCAGGGCAUCUUCCGCAUCGGCGUCGCCGUCGGCGACCGCCCCUACGGCCCCUUCCAGGCCGAGCCCGAACCCAUCAAGGGCUCCUACUCCAUCGACCCGGCCAGCUACGUCGACGACGACGGCCAGGCCUACCUCUACUUCGGCGGCCUCUGGGGCGGCCAGCUGCAGUGCUACCAGAAGGGCAACGACCUCUUCGACCCGGCGUGGUCCGGCCCCAAGGAGCCCUCGGGCGAGGGCGUCUACGCCAUGGGGCCCCGCGCCGCCAAGCUCACCGACGACAUGAAGGAGUUCGCCGCCGACGUCCAGGAGAUCCAGAUCCUCGACCCGGACACCCAGAAGCCCAUCCUCGCCGACGACCACGACCGCCGCUUCUUCGAGGCCGCCUGGGUCCACAAGCGCAACGGCACCUACUACUUCUCCUACUCCACCGGCGACACCCACUACCUCUGCUACGCCACCAGCGACAAUCCCCUCGGCCCCUUCACCUACGGCGGCCGCAUCCUCGAGCCCGUCCUCGGCUGGACCACCCACCACUCCAUCGUCGAGUUCCAGGGCCGCUGGUGGCUGUUCCACCACGACUGCGAGCUCAGCGGUGGUGUGGACCACCUGCGUUCCGUCAAGGUGAAGGAGAUCUUCCAUGACAAGGACGGCAAGAUUGUUACCGAGAAGCCCGAAUAAACAAAAGCAUGGAUGAAUGGGCUACAAAGGGGAGGAGAUGAAAACAAAACAACAAAAAAAAUUAAUUAUGAAUUCACUGAUUCCAAAAAUUGAUGAUGCUUAUGAUACUGAUUUGUCCCGCAUGUCCCUGCC